UCUAACCAUGUUCCUACGGCAUCAUGUGCGUCCAUGCCGGAUUCAACCAAUAAUAUUCGUAGUUGGGUGGAAACCUAGCGAAGAACAAUGUUCACAAAGUUGAGAUACAUUAUCUGAAUUCAGCUUUUUCGUGCGGGCUCUGUUGGGAGUUGAAAAGCCUGUCUAACGGCCAGGAGAAAGGUGUGACUGCUUCAAAUUCGUUGCUAAGAGUCUUUACUGCAGAAAGUGGAAUACGAUUCUCACCAGCUUUAGUCGAAUAUUCUUGCAAGAUACUGAGCAACGGAUCUUAACUUGCGUGUUAAACAACUUCGGAAGGCUGGAUUUAGCUUUGUCUACACAAUCAUACUUCAGAUUCUCAAGAGCGGAAUUCCUAUUGUGCAGUUGCAUAACCGGGGUCAGUUACAGCAAUGUUCUUACAAAAGCAUGUUUAAAACCUCGAACUUUUUUUGGCAAAACAGAUUAACUCAAGAAAUUGGUUUAACCGGGAGUGAAACGAAACCAGUGUUAAAUGAACAGUCCAAUGUUCACUUUCUACAAUAAACCAAUGUUCGUUUUAAAGAUAAAGGAAAGAAGCCAUUUCACACCAUUGUGUAACAAGAUGCAACUCCAACGUAAAGCUAACCCAGGGACAAAGUCCUUCCAGUGAACCAAACGGGAGCAUAACUAUAGCGGGAACAGUCCUCACCAUGGCAGAAUCAAACUUUACGUGUAUUCCUGACGACUCCUUCAAGUAUACAUUGUACAGCAGUGUGUACAGUAUGGUGUUUAUAAUCGGCCUCGUGUCAAAUUGUGUGGCUCUGUACGUUUUGAGGUGUUCCUUACAACUCCGAAACGAAACAAUAACCUACAUGACCAACCUGGCAGUGUCAGACUUGCUGUUUGUCUUCACGCUACCCUUUCGGAUAUUUUAUUAUGUGACCAGAGACUGGCCCUUUGGAGACUUGCUGUGCAAGGUUUCAGGAACGCUGUUUCUCACCAACAUGUAUGGGAGCAUCCUUUUCCUGACCUGCAUCAGCGUGGAUCGGUUCCUGGCUAUCGUUCACCCUUUUCGGUCAAGGAUGCUGAGGACGAAAAAAAACGCCAUCGUUGUGUGUGUGGCCGUGUGGCUGACAGUGCUCACCGGAAGUAUACCAGCAACCUUUUUACGAACCACUAACGACAGAGCCAAUCAAACCAAAACGUGCUUCGAAAACUUCUCCAGCCACACUUGGAAAAACUUUCUGUCGAAAAUUGUCAUUUUCAUUGAGAUCGUGGGUUUCUUUAUUCCUCUGCUGCUGAACUUCUUCUGUUUCUCAAUGAUGCUAAAGACUUUAAAACAACCUAUUACUCUUUCCCGAAGCAAGUUAAACAAGAAAAAAAUUCUCCGCAUGAUUGUGGUCCAUUUCCUCAUUUUCGUCACCUGCUUCGUACCCUACAAUAUAACUCUGGUGAUGUAUUCACUGCGGCAGAUUUAACGGAUAUCCAAAACGGAGAUGAACCAAAACAGAAAAGAUUCGGAAGGUUGACUAAUGAAUGCCUCUGAUCUAUGGAGUUUUAUUUACAUGGUGCAUUUUUAAUAAAGUGAGGAAUACUGUAUAACAUUGUCAAUGUGAUAACAGUGUGGAGCUGGAGGAACACAGCAGGACAGGCUGCUUCUUCAGAAGAGUCCUGAUCCGAAACAUCAACUUUCCUGCUCCUCUGAUGUUGCCUGGCCUGCUGUAUUCCUCCAGCUCCACACGGUGUUAUCUCUGACUCCAGCAUCUGCAGUUCUUACUAUCUCAUUGUCAAUGUGAUCUUUGUUAGCUUUUAUUCUAAAAAUAAACUUACUACCUUCUCCAUUAUUACAACUUUGUCCUAGAAGUCAGUGCUAUCCGAAUGUAAACCCAUUGAGGCUUACAACUAUUGCAAUACCUCGGUGAAUAAUAGGGGACGGAGAAGAGGGGUUGGCUAUGGCGGUCUCAGAGCUCGCAACCCCAAAAUUUCAGCUAGUGAUUCCACUUCAAGAAGCCCUGUUGUAAGUCCUCCUAUGCUCAGUUGGGGAAAUAAGGUACAGAAGGCAUUCGCAACUACUUUGUGAUUUAGAAAAUGCUUCUUAGUAAACACAAUUCAGUACAGUAUCUAAAGCCAGUAUCAUUCUUCUGAGAGAUAGGCAUAGCAAAGGACUCUAUUAUGCCAAGCGUUGAGCAAAUAUACAGUACGGGUCUUUGGCCCGUUCAAUGAGAGUAAGUGGGUGGACCAGAUAAGUUUCUAAUAUUCCUUUUUAGUCAAUUGCAUGCAAAGAAGAGAAGCAACAAAGUUAGAAAAAGAGUAGUGAAAGGUUGUGAGAAUUCUGAAGACAAUCAAACCUGAAACCAUAGGGAAACAACAGAAGCUGGGAAAGGAAAAAAUGAAGGUGACUUAAAUAAGGGCAAAAGCUUUUUAUACAUCGAAAAACGUGACAGUUGAGCUAAUUAGUAAGUUUUGUGCUCCAUUUUCAAAGAGCUGAACUGUUUUAUGAUACAAACUUCAGUAAAUAAAAUGGAGGAUGUCAGAAGACAUGCUAUUGAAAUAUUUCAGAAUUCUUUUCUCUAGAUGUGGCUGACAGCA